UUUAUUAUGAUGUAAUAAAAUCGAGGAGGUCCCCAAAAAAAAUAUACACUAAAUCUACAUAACGCAGCAAUUGAUUACAUAGAUAGAAUACUAUCAGAGGUGUCAGGUUUUUGUAUCAUUUAUAAUAGGAAUGAAAUGUUUGAUUCUUGAUUAAGAAACAAUCGGCAUUAUUUCACUUAUUUACUCUCAAUCUUAAAUACUAAAAAAAGAUGUUUAUUUAAUGGAAAAGAUUGAGGCUGCUGCUUCAACUAAAUAAAAGCUUUAACAUAUGAAGGCAAUUUUUUUGAUUCGACCAACUUAAGUAUAGUAUGCAUUUUAAAUUUUUAGGAAAAUUAAACUUUGCUUCUAUAAGAAAUUAGAGACAAAAGAUUUUGUGAAUAUUAUAUAUUCUUCACCAACACUUUAAGCAAUUUUUAUAUUGAAUAAUUGGCAGAAGCUGAUGGAUCAGAUUUAAUUAAAUAACUUUAAGAAAUCUUUUUAGAUUAUUAUAUAGUAUAACCUGAUACUUUUACACUUAACAUACCUUCUACAAUUACAUUAACUAAAAGUGUUUCUUAAUGGAAUUCUAAAGAUGAUUAACUCUUUUAAAGAAUUCUUGAAGGAUUAAGUGCUACGAUUUAUAGUCUUAGAAGAAUUCCUAUGAUUAGAUAUUAAGGAUCAAGUGAAAUAUGUGCUAAAUUGGCAUAAAAGUUAAGUUAAACUAUGAGAGAAGAAUAUGAAUAAUCUUAAUCUUAAUUUAUGCUUUCAAAUUGUUUACUUUUGAUUUUAGAUAGAAGAGAAGAUCCAGCAACAUUAUUAUUAAAUUAAUGGACAUAUUAGGCAAUGCUUCAUGAAUUAAUAGGAAUUCAAAAUAAUAGAAUUGAUAUUCGAUAAGGUUAAAAAGCAUUAAAUUAAGCAGUUGUAUCUAUAUUAUUUUAAUUCUUUUUAGAAUAUUAAUAAAAAUGAUUCUGAUAGUGAAUUUGUAAUAUCUUCUUCUUUAGAUGAUUUUUUUGGUGAAAAUUAAUAUUCAAAUUUUGGAGAAUUAGCUUAAAAUAUCAAAGAUUUUAUUGAUAAAGUAACAUAAUAGAAAAAAGAAACAGUUUAAAUUAAUUCAUUAGAAGAUAUGUAAAAAGCUGUUGAUAAAAUUCCAGAAAUUAGAAAAAUGAGUGGUAAUUUAUCAAAACAUGUUGCAUUAAGUUGUGAAUUAUCAAAAUUAGUUGAAGAAAGAUAAUUAUUAAAAGUAUCUAAAGUUGAAUAAGAUAUUGUUUGUAAUGAAGCAAAAUCUGAACAUUAAAGAGCUGUAUUUUAAAUGCUUGAAGAUAAAAAUAUUUAAAAAUAUGAAAAGUUAAAAUUAGUUAUGUUAUAUGCUUUGAGAUAUGAAAAUUGUGAUAAAAUUUCAAAAAUGAAGGAUGUAUUAAGAGAUUUAGGUAUGACAAAUAAUAAUCUAAAUUUAAUCAAUCAUCUUUUAGACUAUUCUGGUAAAGCUAAAAGAUAAGGAGAUUUAUUUAGUGAUAAAAACAUAUUUUCAAAAGCUUAAUAAAAAUUUAAAUCUGUUUUUAAAGAUGUUCCAAAUAUUUAUACUCAACAUUAACCAUAUUUUUUAACAAUUUUAGAGUAAAUUCUAACAAAUAAAAUUAAAGACAAUGAAUUUCCAGCAACAAAUUUGAAUUAUUUUAGGGAAAGACCUACUGAAAUAAUUAUUUUUUAAGUUGGUGGAACAUCUUUUGAAGAAGUUAAAGAAAUUGGAUUAUUAAAUAAAUAACGUAUUUAAUUUAGACUAAAUUAUUAGCUAAUUAACCAAGUAUUUUAUUAGGAGGUACAUACAUUCAUAACUCUAAAACCUUUCUAGCUGAAAUUAGUUAAUUAGCAUUUGGUGAUAAUAUUGAUGUAGUUGUGGAUAAAUCCAACCCUAGAAAUGAUAAUAAAUUUCAUAAAUUUUGAUUGGAAUAAAAUUG